AUGCGUUCAUCCGUCCUAAUUGGCCUCGCCGCUGGCUUUGCCAGCCAGGCCUACGCUGCCUGCACCUCCGCUUUGAAGAUAGACGACUUCUCCAAGUGGUCCAGCAACACCAACAGCCUUGGCCAAUGGACUAGCGACGAUGCCUCCAUGACCACGAUAUCGGCUGCCAGCGGAGUCCUGUCCUUCCAGCCCAAAUCUGGCUCAUAUUUCUAUGAGACCUUCGAGUGCCAGGCUGCCAGCAGCAACAACUACAACUCCAUCCAGUUCACCGUCAAGGGCGUUUCAGGAGGCUCUGGCACUCUGGAGAUGCAGACUAAGACAGCCUGCUCGGCGUCCUCGUACACCUCGUACUACACUCAGUUCACUGGAUUGACUGGCCAGACCCAGACCAUCACCAUCCCUCUGAGCCAGUUCUCGGGUGCCAACGCAAACGCCGUCACCGGCUUCGUCUGGUCUGGAUUCUCUUCCACUACCGCUACAUGGCAGUUGAGCAACAUUCAGUUCGGCUGCUCCGGCGGCUCUACUGGCGGUGGCAGCUCUACAUCUGGUGUCAGCUCCACCAUCCGUUCUGCUUCUGGUGUCAGCUCCACCAUCCGUUCUACCUCUGCUACUGUUUCGACCCGCACAACCCUUGCUACCUCCACUGUUCCCGCUCCCACCGGAACGUGCGCUGUCUCCCUGGUCGAUGACUGGACAUCGCAGUCUCGUCUUACCUUCAUGUUCUACAACGCUCUGAACAAAGCCUCGUCCUCAGAUGGCACCAUGACCUCCCUCACCGUUGGCAAGCCAUCUAAGAACCGCGUUGAGAUCGUUCCCAGGGACACUAGCUCAUACUUCUACUCCCAGUUCGGUUGCUUUAACGCCAAUGCCAAGAACCACGCUGGCAUCUCUCUCCGCAUCAAGGCGCCUGCCGGAACUAGGUUCAACAUUGAGCUUGAUUCUUCCAGCAGCUGCAACCCCACUGCUGCUCAGGCAUUUACUCAGUCCACCACUGAGCUUGGCUGGACUUUCGAUGGCACCGAGAAGUUGUACACUAUUCCCUUCUCCAAGUAUUCUGGACUGGACACUACGAAGCUUACCACCAUUCUUUUUGCUGGUUUCACUCAGACUGUCUCCUUCGGUCCCAUGGCUUUCUACUGUGGCACCACUGGCGAGUUCACGGUCACCACCACCGAUCCUAACUCCGCUCCUACUGCUACUGUUGCUGCUCCUACCGGCACUGCUGCUGCCUACGUAAUUGACAGGUUCGCCAGCGCUGGCAGCAACGCUCAGGGCUUCUGGCAUGGUGGUGAUGAUGGCAUGACCCUGACCUACAGCGGCGGUCUUACCAUCAAGUCUACCGACGCGGACUACUCUUUCUACUCGCAGGUGUCUGGAUCUUGCAGUGACUUCAGCAAGUACAAGGGCUCGUACCUUCACAUCGCCUACUCUGGAACCACCAAAUUCACCGUCGCCUUUCAGCAGCACAACAGCGCUUGCAACCCCGAGAUCGCUCCCUACCCCUUCACCUGGGACUCUGUCGAGGCUUCCCGUUACGCUAAGAAUGGCCACAUCUACAUCCCUAUCAGCCACUUCAACAUUGACUUGACAAAGGCCAUUGGUUUCGCGCUGAAGGGUUUCUACAGCACCGACACCGUCAAGCUGACCGUCAUGGAGAUUGUUCCCUCGGUCCCUGCCGGCUUCGUCAUUCCCAACGAUGAGGAGUCCGGUGACCUCGUCUUCGCCUGCAAGCGCCCCAACUCGUUCGCUUUCGCCAUCGACGACGGCAUCCCAGACCUCGCGCAGGAAGUCCUCAAGAUCAUCCGCGAAGAGAACAUCAAGGUCACCUUCUUCACCGUCGGCGCGCCCCUCCUCGACGAGACCACCAACCUGACCAACGUCUACAAGGAGAUGCAGGCCGCCGGCCACCAGCUCGCGCUCCACUCCUUCACCCACCCCAAGAUGGAGGGCCUUCCCGACUACGCCUCGAUCGACUGGGAGUACAACGAGGACAUCAAAGCCAUGAAGAGCCAAUUCAACGGUCUCGACACGUCCUACUUCCGCCCUCCCUUCGGCAACGAGGGUGCGCGCAUGCGCUCGCGUCUCGCAAAGGCCGUGGGCCGCAAGCCCACCAUCACCAACUGGUCCGUCGACGUCGAGGAUUGGUUGUGGGCCGAGACCAACACCCCGGAGCAGCAGAUGACUGCGUUCCAGCGCGAUGUUAACAAGGGCGGUAACUUGGUUGUUCUGCAUUACCUGUACCCCUCCACUGUCAGCUACCUGCGGCAGUUCAUCCAGAUCGCCAAGGCGACGGGCAAGCAGCUGAUGCGUGUUGAUCAGUGCAUGAUGGACCCCAAUGCUCCUGCUUUGUAG